AUGUCUGACUCCACCGUCCCGUCGACCAUCGGCUCCCAGCAAGAUGAAGAGAAGGCCAUACAACCCCCCGUCGUCUCUGAGAGCCCUGCUCAGGACUCAGCUCUCCCACCAGAGGGCGGCCUUCGAGGUUGGCUAUGUUGCGCUGGCGGUUCCCUAGGUCUGUUCGCUACGUUGGGCUUCCUGAACGCCAUUGGUAUCUUCCAAACCACCUAUCAAGAGACUCUCUUGAAGGACUACAGCUCUUCCGACAUCUCAUGGAUCUUUACAAUCCAGCUCGCUCUCAUAUGGGCUCCAGGUUCCCUAUUCGGCCGCAUUGUAGAUACCUACGGACCGCGCCCGGUCAUGCUCCCAUGUACCUUUCUUUGCCUCUUCUCACUGUGCAUGACGAGUCUGGCCACCGAAUACUAUCAGAUCAUCUUGGCGCAGGGAAUUGGUUAUGGACUCGGAGCUGGAGGUAUUUUCACCACCUGCCUGGUCUGCGUGAGCCAGUGGUUCGUCAAGCAGCGAGGCCUUGCUCUGGGAGUAACUGUUGCGGGUAGUAGUAUUGGGGGCGUGAUAUUCCCAUUCUUUCUGAAACUGGUUAUGCAAGACGUGGGAUUCAAUGGCAUGGUACGCUACACGGCGCUGUUCAUCGGUAUCGUUUUAGUUGGCGCCUUCUUUCUUGUCAGUGCGCGCCUGCCUCCUAAGAAAUGGGACUCGGAAAUGGCAUGGAUUGACUUCAAGGUGUUCAAAAACCGAGGCUUUGCUUUCUAUUGCCUUGGCUCAUAUUUUGUGAUGUGGGGAUUAUGGGCACCUUUCGAUUAUCUUCCUAGCAUGGCCCAAUUGUCCGGAAUGUCGGAUUCGCUGGCCCUCUACCUGCUCGCAAUUGUGAAGUAA